UCAUUUUACGUGAUGCGAGUACAAUCAGCUGCGGAUUCCUCGUUUCGCGCCAGGAAUUCAAACCACAGCUCUGCAGCUCCUCUUCCCCUCCCCCUUCUGAGAUAAAGAAGCGGCAGGCGCCAUUGUUUUUGUUUACCAGUGAAUUAGAAAUGGGAGACAACCAAUACGGGGGCUACGGCGGCGGCGGCGGCCAGUCCGGGGGCUACAGUUCGUACAGCACCUUCUCCCCCGCCGGACAGACCGGUGGUGCUGGUGGCGGAAGCAGUUUCGGAGGCUCCGGGGGCGGCACCGGCGGCAGCUCGGGGGGCGGAUUCGAUCAGUCCUCGUUCGGCGGCGGCGGCGGCGGCAGUCAACAGAGCUCUUGGGGCCAGCAGGGGGGCGGCGGCGGCGGCCAGGGCGGAUAUUCCAGCGGAGGUAGCGGCAGCGGAGGAAGUGGAAGCGGAAGCUACAACUCGUUCCAGAGCGGCGGCGGUUACCAGAGCGGCGGGGGUGGCGGAGGCGGCUACCAGAGUGGUGGAGGCGGCGGAGGCGGGGGCUAUAGCUCCUCCGGCGGUGGAUAUGGCAGCGGUGGAGGCGGUUUUGGUGGUGGAGGAUAUGGAGGCGGCCGUGGAGGCGGAGGAGGAGGAUACAACAGUGGCGGCAGGGGAGGUUUUAACAAAGGAGGAGGAUUCGGAGGCGGCGGAGGUGGCAAUGACCAGUUGCACGUGCAGGAAGACACAAUCUUCAUUUCGGGAAUGAGCCCUGGCAUCAGUGAGCAGGAAAUUGCUCAGCACUUUGGAUCCAUCGGCAUCAUUAAGACGUGGCCUAAUGGACCGGACAGCGCUGAUUCUGGUACCAAUCGAAGCUCCUCGAAUGACAAGCGUAGCGGCAAGCCGAGGAUCUGGAUCUACAGGGACAAGGCGACGCAGGAGUCCAAGGGCGAGGCCACCGUCACCUACGACGAUGCCAACGCAGCCCGAUCGGCCAUCGAGUGGUUCGACGGAAAAGAAUUCCAAGGGAACACAGUGAAGGUGCAGCUGGCGACGACAAAGCGCGACUUCAGCUCCAGGGGCCGCGGCAGAGGCAGCGGAGGAGGCGGCAUGAGUUUCGGAGGCCGUGGCAGAGGCGGCGGCGACCGGGAUCGUGGCGACCGUGACUACGGAGACCGUGGCGGCGACAGGGGCGACAGAGACUCCAGAGGUGGAGGAGGCGGCGGCGGCGGUGGUGGAGGAGGUUUUGGCAGUCGAGAAGGCGACUGGAAGUGUCCUAGUCCGGACUGCGGCAACACCAACUUCGCGUGGCGCACGCAGUGCAACAGGUGCAACGCCUCCCGUCCCGAUGGCAUGGGCGGGGGCGGAGGCGGCGGCCGAGGUGGAGGCCGCGGCGGAGGCAUGGGUGACCGAGGCGGUCGCGGAGGCCGAGGAGGAAUGGACCGCGGUGGACGUGGCGGAGGCGGCGGCUUCCGAGGCGGCGACCGCGGACCACCACGUGGAGGCGGUGGAGGCCGUGGAGGCGGCCCCAUGCGCGGAAGCGGAGGCGGCGGAUUUGGAGGCGGCAGAGAUCGCUCCAAGCCGUACUAACCAGCGAGAUCUCCAAAUUUAUAAAUACAAUCGACCUUAUGCAUAAGUUUUAGGAUUAAGCUGACAACAAAGAACUUGAUUUAUUCAACCAGUGAAAUGUCCGAUUCAUGGCGUGUGCUAUUCCUUUUGCCACCUGCAUUUAAAGACCCAAUAUUAGAACUGAAUUAAAUAAAGAAUGAAUCUUUAAAGUGGA